AUGCUUAAGGAAAAGAAAUUGGCCAUGGCGAUGAUGCUUUUGUACUGCAUUCUUUUGCCUUUUAUGGCGUACUUCUCUUGGAAGUUUUUAAACAAUACAGGGCUGACAUUUAGCGCUCCAAAAAAAACGAUAGUCUAUGAUGCGAUGCAGACGGCAGAGUUGUAUUUUCCUUAUCAGUUGCCACUUGACCCCUUGUAUAUGCUAUUGACAUCUCGGAAUAAAUCCAAAAGCAUUUUAGAGGACCCGCACUUUGAACCCUUUUGUGAGUAUCUUGUGGAUCAGGUAAAAAACAAGAGUAGUCCUUUCUUUGGUGUUGUAGAAGGUGUGGACGGAUUUUGUACCAUUCCGAAUUAUAGUUCUUUGCGCUAUCACUUUAUUGGUGGGGAUCAUAAUGAGUCAAGUUUGAUAACCAUCAUUUUGUCAUCUUCAGUGGAUAGUCGAAAUGUACUUCCAACGAUCGUUUCUGUUGUUGAUACGUGGUGUGAUUUGAAUGAUGUGCAAUUCACCCGGGAGUAUACCGACAAGAGAUUGAUAUCACGCGACGCGACGGGUGGUAUUGUAGGGGAUUUGUUCCGCGUUGAUGUCAUUUCCAUUCCAAUGGCAUUUAUGGUGUUGGUAUAUUGUGUGGGCUCGGUGCGGUUGUUGUUAAUUCCAUUGUUUACACUUCCUUGUACCGUAUCGAUUGCGUUUGGCAUCAUGUAUCCGAUUUCGUUAUGGAUGGAGGUUUCAUCCUUUGCGCCGGAGAUGACUCUUGGUGUGGUUGCAGCUCUCUCGAUUGAUUAUUCUCUUUUCAUUCUGACGCGUUUCCGGGAGCAGGUGACGAUCCAGGAGCUUCUUCUCGGCCGAAACCCAAAAGCGGAGUUGGAGGUGGUGAAAAAUACUGCCACAAUGUCGGCAGACAUUAUAUGUGUGUCGGGGCUAGCGGUUUCGUUGGCUGUCGGAAUUUUAUCCUUUCUUCCCGUUCUUUUUCUUUCCACGAUUGGAUUGACAAUGUCCAUCACCGUUCUCUGCACUGUUUUUGUGAGCCUCACUGUACAACCUGCUCUCCUAUUGAUUUUCUACGACUUUUUUGGACACCCUCCCACAUGGACCGAGGUUUGGCACAAACUGCUUGCGUGCUGCGGCUGUGGGAUUUCUCUUCCCUCGGACUCUUUACGCACAGACAUCGAUGAGGACGUAUCUACGGCUAUGCCACAAGACCCAUUGCUUGCGGAUAGCGAGAUGUCACGUUCAGAGCUCGAGCUACUUGAAUACGGGCGACAAAUGUCAUCGUAUUGGUUUAAAAUUGGCCGGACGUCUUUUCGCCAUCCGUGGAUUGCGGCGGCGACAGUUCUUAUUAUUGGUGCUCCUUUUUUUUACUUUGCACUGCAGCUGCGGAUGGACUUUAACGUUUUUACGCAAAUUCCACGGGAUAGCCCUCAUGGGGAUGUUUUGAGGCGAAUCCAGAAUGACAUUGGCAAGGGAUCUUCUAUUCCAUUUUACAUCCUUUUUUCUGUCCGUGGGACGUAUGACGUUUCGUUUUGGAAAACGAAUGAGAUGACAAACACGAUAAAAUCUGUCAUUGAAGAUAUUGUAGCAACCACAGGGCAACCGUACUCGUCGAUUAUAUCGCCUAAUAUGAUUAUGAAAAACGAGGACGAUGCUGUUUAUUGGCUGAAUUCGUGGGAGUCGUUUCUGCUUUAUUACACAAAUAAUGAAUAUGAAUAUCUUUUUAAACGAACUGUUUCUUUUCCCGGAAAUAAGGCGGCUUUUAUUUUUGUGACACCUCCUGUAAAUCCCUUUGGUGCGUCUGCUAAUCGAUACCUGAAUCAAAUAUAUGAUGUCCUUAAGAAGCACGCAUCAGCGAAUGUUUAUUUCGACUAUGGCAUCCUCGGAGCGAGCAGUGAUUCAUGGGCAAUUAUGAAUAAAUCACUCGAUUUUUUUCCAUUUCAGAUUUUGUUUGCAUUGGGUGGUAUUUUUAUUAUUAUUAUGGUCAUGUUUCGCUCUUUAUUUUUGCCAGUCCGCCUCAUUGCAACGGUCAUUUACACAAUCGGCGUUUCAUAUGGAGUGGGUGUCGUGGUAUUUCAGUACAACUGGCUUCAUCCAGUGUGGAAGGCGUUGGAUGGUGUAAGGGAAUUUUGCUUUUUAAUUCCUUUAUUUGCAUUUUUAUUUCUUUCUGCCCUUUCUUUGGACUAUGAUGUGUUUCUUACGACACGCAUCAUUGAGUUUAAGAAGAAGGGCUACAGCGACGAGGCUGCCGUAGCGAAGGCAGUGUGGAAGACCGGCCCCAUUAUAUCUUUUGCUGGCAUUAUAAUGUUUCUGACUAUUGGGUCAAUGGUUUUUUCUUCUGUUAUGAUGUUGUCCCAGUUUGCUGUGGUUUGCGCGACUGCAGUGCUUCUAGAUACUUUUGUAGUGCGGCCAUUAUUUGUUCCUGCGUUGAUGGGUUUUGGGUUUGGACGCAGUUUGUGGUGGCCGCGACAGUUUCCUGAGCUGAAGCGUGAUGUACACGACAUGCGAAUCGACACUACUGACACUCCUGAAGGAAUUUCUAUUGAGGAGGAAGUGGAUCGCGAAGCGGCUUUUAGAGUAGACAAUGUGCGUGAUGAGAAGGUUUUUAAGCCAGAGAAACCCAAUCAGCGUCCUUCAGCUCUUGCUCCGGGUAAUGACUUAAAGAAGCAUUGA